CGGAUGCUGUAUAAUACGUGGUCAGUGAAAGUCUUUGUAAUAGUUUCAUGAUUUCACUAGCCCGUUCACUCGAACUUUUAUGAUCAGUAAGAACUGAACUCCACCAUGUUGUCGACGAAUGGGCGAGCACCAGUAUUCACGGAGACCCGUGAAUAGCACAAUCAAUUUAUAAGCAUGCACACUGAGUAAUACACGAGCAUUGUUUCGGUGUCGAUCUUUUUCAUCGAUAGCUUUCAUUUAAAUUAACUCAACAUGGGCGCGGAAACCCUCUCGCUGGCAGGCAAGACCGCCUUGAUUACUGGCUCAGGCAGAGAAAAUGGCAUCGGUGCUGCCAUUGCCCGGGCUUUCGCCCGGAACGGCGCAGCUGUCGCAAUCCACUAUGUAUCGGAGAAUUCCAAAGAGCGGGCUGAGAAGGUGGCCGCAAACAUUAAUCGGGAGUUUGGAACCAAAACAACUGUUGUACAAGGGCCGCUAGAGAAAUCUAGCACUGCGACAAAGAUAGUCGAAGAAACUCUAAAGGGACUUGAUGUCGACCACAUUGACAUUCUCGUGAAUAAUGCUGGAUAUGGGACCGCUACCCAUCUCAUAGAGGCGACGCCAGAGCUGCUUGAAAAUGAGUUCGGUAUCAACGUCUAUGCCUCGAUUUAUCUGACCCAAGCGAUUAUUGGAGUAGGGAAGAUGCCCAGAGGCGGACGUAUCAUCAACGUCGGCUCUAUCGCCUCGAAACUUGGUCUUGAACUUAGUGCAGUGUACGGCGCCGCGAAAGCUGCGCAGGAUAGUCUCACGGCUUCCUGGGCGGGCCAACUUGGUCGAAGCCAUGGAAUUACCGUCAAUACGCUUGCCCCUGGGCCAAUUCUGACAGACAUGUCAAAAGAUUUCUUAAAGACCCCUAACGGAUCCGUAUCCGAACUCCAGACCACAAUGCAUGCGCAGACACGAGCUGGGGCUCGAAUUGGGACAGUUGACGAUAUGGCCGAUGCAGCACUACUCCUAGUGUCAGAGAAGAGCCGCUGGAUUACUGCACAGUGGAUUUCGGUCAGUGGCGGGAUCACUGGAACGAUGUAAACGGGCGUCGCUAUUCGGUAUUGCUUUCUGACUGCCUUAUACUAUUGGCUUCUCAUCAGACAUAUAAAGCUUUUUAAAUAAAUACACAGUAAGAAGGCUGGG